AGUUCCAGGUGGUAUUGCCGUCAUGAGUUUGUCGUUGCCUGGAGCCGUUUUGACGCCCACGUCCACGACCCCAAUUUCCGCCGCCACGUCCUUGCCCUCGUCCAAAGCCUCCGCGCUGUCCCGGGUUGCCGUCACCGUAGCUGCUGCCGCCGUGAUUGCCGCUAUAGCCGCUGCCACCGUGUGUCCCGCCAUGGGGUUGACCGCCGGCACGGGUAGUGAGCAGGGCCGUGCUGCCGGGUUCAACGGGUUUAGACCGUUGGUGUUCCAAGAGCAUGAGAGCCGAUCUAACUUGAAGAAAAUUCGGCAUCGGAUCCUGAAACUGCAUGAACGAGGUUUGAGCCUGAAGAUCAUCGGGAAGCCCUCGGAGCAUCUGGAGGACCAGUUGGUGCUGGGAGACCGGUGCAUCGACGUCAUCCAACCAGUCGGCAAGGUUUUGGAGUUGCUGGCAAUAGGCCGCCAUAGAGGUGGAGCCCUUGACGGUGGUGCGAAAUUCAUGCUCCAACUGCAUAGCCCGUGCAUUUUUGUUGUCGUGAAAUAGGUCGUGGAUGAACUUCCAGAGAGCAGAAGCAGUGGUGAGAGAAGAGAGUACCAGAUCUGAAACUUCGUCGGUGAUGGUGGAGAGAAUCCAACCCUGGAGAAGAGCAUCGAGUUGGCACCAUUCAUCAUCGUCGUCGGAGAGGGGGACGACAGAUCCAUCGAGGUAUCCCUG